CCCCGCCUACGAACUCCUCCCUCCAGCGCGGCUCCAACUCCAACGCCGGGCGACCAGGCAGCAGCCUCUAAUCCGCCGCCCAAACCGGUGACGGUAGAAAAACUCAGUGGCCCCAGCAGUUUCGGCGCUGGCCAAAUGGAAGUGUUUGUGUCGGCCGUGGUGUCGCCAAGCAAAUUUUUUGUUCAACUCGUCGGGCCACAGUCUGCCGAGUUGGAUGCCCUCGUCGACAGCAUGACCGAGUACUACGGCCAGGCGCCGAAUCGCGAACUGCACCGGAUUCGCAAACCAUACCUCGGCCAGAUUGUGUCCGUCGAGUUUAACGCCGACAACAAGUGGUACCGGGCGGAAGUGAGCGCCAUCCUACCGAACGAAUACCAUCCGGGCGAGAUCGUACUGGACCUAUACUUUGUCGAUUAUGGCGAUAACCAGUACACCAAUCCAACGGAAGUAUACGAGUUGAGACCGGAUUUUCUGGCGCUGCGAUUUCAGGCGAUUGAAUGUUUUCUGGCAAAAGUGCAUCCGGUGCAUUCCAAUCCGCUCAGCAACCCACUCGAGGAUAACUGGGAUACGCAGGCUACGGACAGAUUUGAAGAGCUAGCACACGUGGCUCGAUGGAAGAAAAUUGUUUCGAAAAUAGUUACGUACCGAAAAUCCAAAAGUUCUCAGCAUGGCCGCGAAAGCUCCCCCGUACCGGGUGUGGAGCUGUUCGACACGGCAUCGAAUGGAACGGAUCAAAUCAACAUAGCACACGAAUUGGUGACCGCUGGUUUGGCCAAGUAUGCGGCCAACGAAUGUUCUGACGAACUCACGCGCAGUCAGCUGUUCCGGUUAGGCCUGGCCAGUGGUGGCGGCUCCCAGUCGUCCAGUGUCGAUAAGCUUGAAGAUGCCAGCGGCUCGAGUAGCACUUCCAAUGCAACCGUCGUGUCGUUGAGCAAGCAGCAGCCUGUUUCUCACCAGCGCGUCUCCGUGUCUCACAACGAUCCACCUAGGCUUGCCGAUGCUAAAGGUCUGACCAAUGGAACACACUAGACGACAGGAGUGUUGAUA